CUUCUCCUCUUCUUCCAUACUUACUUUUCUGGUGAUAACUGUUUAAUUUAUCUUAUUGAGCUAUUUUUUAUGUUUUUAUGAAGUGAGUGGGUUGUUGGUGAUUCGUUGUAAGAAAGUUGGGUUCUUUUUUGUUGGUUUAUAUGGAAAAUGAUGGAUAUGGUAUGCAAGUGGGACGCGCUUAACUUUCUGAUGAGAAUAGAUUUGAUUAUUGUUGGUGUAAAAUACGGUAGAAUGGUCUUUUCAAUUAUGGACGUGAGAAGUUAGCUGGAGCGAGUAGCAGUUAAUUGGAGAUGUGAGUGAGCAGCUCAUAAAAGGAUGGGAAAGAGUAGUGUAGGGUACCGAAUUGGAGAGUGGCCAGCCUCCAAAUGUUGGUAGAAGGGAACAUCAACAGAGUAGCAAUUCCAGUUCCUUUUUCUCUUGUGACCUUGUUGAGUUCGUACUCAUGCAGUGCCUUAUUGCCACGUUGGUACAGAUGUUCUGCUUCAUGCCAAAUUUUGAACUUAACACAGUUCCUCUAGUACAGGGGAUAUGCCAAUGGAUUAUGAUGACAAUGACUUCCAUAUCCAAAAUCUUCACUUAGCUGGGGAAGGGAGCUCCACAGUUUCUCCUGCUCUGCGUCCAUAUGCUCUUCCCAAAUUUGACUAUGAUGAUAGUCUCCGAGGGAAUUUAAGGUUUGAUAGUUUGGUUGAAAACGAGGUUUUUCUUGGUAUCACAGGUCAGGAAGACAAUCAGUGGAUCGAAGAAUAUUCACGUGGUAGUAGUGGUAUAGAGUUUAGUUCAAGUGCGGCUGAAUCAAGACGUAACAAUGUAUGGUCUGAAGCAACUUCUUCAGAAUCUGUUGAAAUGCUUCUAAAAUCAGUUGGGCAGGAAGAGGGGGUCGUAGGAGAAACUAUAACUGAUGAAUUGGAUGCUAGUGAUGGACCUGGUUGUUUAGCUACAAUUAUGGAUCCUAAUUUGAAGCAAGAUGAUGGAAAGGAUCAUGUUAUUCAUGCUCAAAAAGCAAUGGUACCAAACAAGCCUCAGGAUAAUUUUUCUGGUUUUAGUGCAAGCUUUGAUUGUGAGAAGUCUCAUAUUACAUUCACUUCCCAACCUCAAGAGGCUCAAAUUUCUGGUGGAGAGUUAGAUUCAGUUGUUCUAGGUAAGAAUUGUAAUUUUUCUGAGGAAAGAGUUGAUAGGAUAUGUGGUGAUGUAAAUCAGGAGGCUGAAAAGUCGGCAUUUGAAUUAUUUAAAAAAGAAUCGGGAGACAAUCUUUCUACCUCCGAGGUAGAAUGUGGAGAUACGGGAUUUACCCAAAACUUUAGUGCAAGUAAGACUGGUGAUUUGACAAAAAAAUCCUUGAGCAGUGAGACUCGUAGUAUCAAGAACAAAGAAACUGGCGUGGAUGAUCCAAUAGGCAGUGACAUCGCAGUUGAAACUUUGACAUACAGUGCCGAAAAGCCUUCAGUUCUUUCAAAUGUGGAAUCUCUGGAUAAGCCAUCGGUUGAAGCUAGCAUCCCUGUCACUGAGUCCAGCAGUAUGCAUGAGGACUCACUUGCGACUCCACCAGUUGCUGGAUUUGUUAAUGUGCAAGCAACUGAGGAUGACAACACAAAGUCAGAGAUUCUUGCUACUCGAGAAUCAAAUGUGAGUUCUCCAUCAAAGGUGUCUGAUGUGCAGAGUCGUUCUGUUGAGGAAACAGAAAAUGAUGAUGUAAGGGAUUCCCAGCAAGCUACUUCCGAUGCAUUUGAGGUGUCUAUGGGCAGUGAUCCAUCUGAAAUGUGCGAAGGAAGCAGCAUUAAUAAUUUGGGUACUAAUAUGACAAAUGAAUGCGCAUCGGCUGAAUUCCAUGCUGGAAGCAUAAUAAACAAGGAUCUUGUAGCCUGCAGUAAGACUCCAAAGGCUCAAAGUGGGGAUUUAAACAAGGAUAAGAGCCUGAUUGCUGAGCUUUCUGGUUCACUGCAGGUAAAUGAUGAAAUCCAGUCGUCUGAGCAAGGUGGUAUAUGUAUGGAUGAAGAUCUUACUUUCAAUGAGGGAGGGGAAGUAAGGCUACCUUCAGAUAGCCUUGAUCAAAAGAAUGUUGAAUCAACCUUGUCUGCUGAAGGCUGUAAAAAACCUUCUGUGAUGGCUCAAGGAUCUGAAGAUGAUAUGUCCAUUCUUGCUGAACCAGGUACUGCUGUGCAAUCUGAUUCAGUGUCAUCUCCUGACACUCCAGAUGGUGUCCAAUUACUUUCUGGAAGCAUUGCCACAGACUACAUGGCUACUAAGUCACCUAUACAUGGGGUGAGUUCAGUUCACCAUGAUAAUGAGAAAAAAGAGGAAGCAGGAUUUUUCGGUGAUGGAACCUCUGGAGAUGAGUCUCCAAAAGUUGCAAGUAUGAUAGAUUGUGCUGCAGUGGAGCCGUUACCUGUGGUUGAGAAAUCUGCAUCCACUGAUCGUGAUGGAAAUGUUGUACAUCAAAUGGCUGGUCAUUGUGCUAGACCAGUUGAUAACAACCAUGCCAUCAUGAGUGAGCAAACACAAGAGGCUAACCCUGAUGGUCUCGGUUGCUCCACAACUUCAGUGAUGAGUUCUCUACCUUUCAAUUCAUCAGCAAAAGUGGGUGAUAUUGGUGAGGCUGGAGGUCUGCAAGACCCUAAGGAAUCAAUAUCAGGAUAUCAUAGAGCGGCACCUCUAAGUUUAGCAGCUGAGCAGCAGAUUUCUACUGAGGUGGUGCCUCCCUCUGAAUGUGAUGCUAGUCAUAAGAGAGACAAUGAAGAUAGUUCUUCCUCUGUCGAUAAAACUCAAUAUGUUUCUCCUUCAAACACAAACAAUACUGAACUUUUGCAAAGCACGAAAGUUACCCAUGAGAUGGCCGAGGGUGCAAUCUACGAGAAUGCCUCACUUCUUGAGGUAACAGAAGACUUGAAGGGGAAGAUGCAGUCAGUUUCUUCAAAUAUUGAUAUUAGAAGAGAUAAAAGUUCUACUUUUGAGGUCACUACCACCGCAGCUCUUGAACAAACAGGCAAGGGUCAGCAAUCGUUUCCUGCCAUUCAAGCUUGUAAUAUGUCAAUGAAUAUGGAAGGGUCUUCUAUUAAUUCUAGCAGUAGCAUAUUGGAUCCUCAGAAACCGGAGGAAGUUCGUCAUGCUAUUCCUCAAAACCCUGUCAGUGCGACUAUUCAAGUUGGAUCCAAAGGAAACUCAGAGCGUAAAACAAGACGAAAGUCAGUUGGGAAAGAAAGUGCUAAGAAUAGUAACCGCCUGAAGGAAACAACUCCGAGACAAUCAGGAAGAAUAGAAAAAUCAUCUGUGCGGUUAACCUCCUCAGCAACUGGUCAUGCUAUUCAAUUUGAAGAGUUGAAGCCCCAAGAGAAGAUUGAAUGCAGCAUUAAGAAGCCCAGUGGCAUUCUUCCCAUUCCUACAUCAAACCUGCCAGAUUUGAAUAAUUCAACUGCUAUAUUCAAGCAGCCGUUUACUGAUAAUCAACAAGUUCAACUGCGAGCACAAAUAUUGGUAUAUGGAUCAUUGAUAUCAGGCUCGCCACCUGAGGAGGCUCAUAUGAUUGCUGCAUUUGGGCAAUCGGAUGGUGGAAGGGAAACUUGGGAGGGCGCCUGGCAUGCUUGUGUGGAGAGGGUUCAUGGUAAAAAGUCCCAGGCCAACAACCCUAGCACCCUUAUGCAAUCACGAUCAGACUUGAAAGAUGUGGGUCAUAGAACUCCAGAUCCAGGAAUUAAACAUAGUUCCUUCCCAAGCAAAGUUCUCUCUUCACCUCUAGGAGGAGCUAGCAACAAGGGUACUCCAUCAGUUAUCAGUCCCUUGAUUCCCCUUUCAUCGCCUCUUUGGAACAUCUCUACCCCGUCUUCUGUUGGUUUUCCAUCUAGUAGCAUGACAAGAAGUGCUCUUCAUGAUUACCGUCAAUCAUUUUCUCCUCUACAUCCUUAUCAAGCUCCACCAGUGCAGAAUUCUUCUGGACACAAUCCUCCAUGGUUAUCUCAGGGCCCUUUUGCUGGUCAAUGGGUUGCCUCUUCACCAGUUUCUGCUUUCAAUGCAGGUGCUCGUUUUUCUGCACUACCGAUAACUGAGGCUGUAAAGUUAACCCCCGCCAAAGUAUCAGGUGGUCCAGGCAUAAAGCACACAUAUUCUAUUCCUGUGGUUCAUAGUGCUGGUCCAAGUGUGUUUUCCGGAGCAUCUUCCCUAUCUGAUGCAAAAAAGACGACUGCGUCAUCUGGUCAGGCUUCCAGUGAUUCAAAAAGUAGAAAGAGGAAAAAGAAUACCGCUACUGUGGCUGAUCAGACCUCUGUUCCUCGGCAAGCUCUGCUAGCAUCAGUUACUGCACCUCCAGUUGCUCUUCUGCAUCAGGUGACUCAUAGUGAGGGUUACAAUCGUGCCCCUUUACUGGCUGAAAAUCAGACAGUUUCAAUUACAGCUCCUGUUGUUAGUAGUAUUUUUUCUACAUCAGUAACUGUGUCAACACCUGCUUCCAUCAAAUCUAAAAGCAGUCCUGGUAGGUUUCUUUCUGUUUUAUCUACUCAUGAGCAUCCUAGAUUUCGGGAUAAAAAGGUGGAGAAUGUUGGAAUAUCAGAGCAGACUUUGAACAAAGUUGAAAAGUGCAAGCUACAAGCAGAGGAUGCUGGCGUGCAUGCUGCUGCUGCAGCCAAAACAUGCCAGUCCUCUACUGAUUCGAAAACCUUAAAGAAGAAAAAGAUGACUACUAGUCUGGAUGUCAACCAGGCCUCUGUUCCAAGACAAGCUCCAGUAGCAUCCAUCACUGGACCUGUCAUUGGUUAUUUGCCUCACCUAUUUCGUACCGAGGAUCACAGCCAGAUCUUGUUGCUUGCUCCAAACCAGACAGAUUCUGUGACUGCUCCUGUUGUUUGUAGCCCAUUUCCUAUGUCAGUUGCCAUGUCGACGCCUCUUCCCAUCACAUCUAAAAGCAGUCCUGGUAGAUUUACUAAGGUUGUAUAUCCUGCAUCUACCCUUGGUUAUCCUAAACCUGGGUAUCAGAACAUGGAAAAGGCUGUAGCCGCAGAAGAGACUUUGAGCAAAGUUAAGGAGUCCAAACUACAAGCAGAGAAUGCUGCUCUGCUGGCUGCUGCUGAAGUCAGUCAUUGCCAGGGUGUAUGGAGUCGGUUGGAAAAGCAAAGGAGAUCUGGUGUAGUGUCAGAUGAUGAAGUCAAUCUAAUGUCUUCUACUGUCUCAGUAGCAGCUGCUACUAUUGCUAAGAUGGCAGCUGCAGCUGCUAAAAUCGCAUCAGAUGUUGCAGAACAAGCAAGAUUAAUGGCUGAUGAAGUAUUUCUAUCAAGAAAAGCUGAAAAUCUUGAUCAGAGCAGCAUCAUUUCACAUCCUAAAGACACACCUGCUUCAUCAUUGAAGAGUAUGGACAAAAGCAACCACCCUAAUUCAAUAAUUUCUGCUGCCAGAGAAGCUGCUCGGCGGAGAAUUCAAGCUGCUUCAGCUGCAUCAAAACAUGCUGAAAAUCUAGAUGCUAUUGUAAAGGCUGCUGAACUAGCAGCGGAAGCUGUAUCACAAGCUGGAAAAAUUGUUGCAAUGGGUGAUUUGUCAGAUUUGAGGAAGUUGGUUGAAGCUGGUCCUGAGGGUUACUUGAAGACAUCACAGUUGGCACAUGACCAGCAGGGUGAGGUUUCAGGACAUCUGAAUAGCAUCACUGAUAGACAGAAAGUUGAAGCUGCUCCUAAUAUGUGUACUAAAGAGAUUCAUACUUUGAAACGUGGUUUAGUACUGCAAGAACCUUCCGUGUAUUUGGCAGAGAAUGAGAUGAUGGUGAUUGAUGAUCUAUCAGGUUCAAUUACAGGCAAUGAAAGGGAUACAAGGAUACCAAGGGCUCAUAAAGGUCCCAACUUGUCCAAAGCCGCUGGUGUUGCUCCUGAAACAGAUACAGGAUCACUUCAUGCUGAUGUUAGCCAGAACAUGCCUCAAAGUACUUCAGGCGCUUGGAAAGAGCAUGACAUCAAGGAGGGUUGCCUUGUUGAGGUAUACAAGGACGAUGAUAAGUACAAAGGUGCCUGGUUGAUGGCUAAGGUAUUGAGUUUGAAGGAUGAAAAAGCAUUGCUUUGUUACUCUGAAAUCCAAUCUUCAGAUGAAGGUUCUGAGAAACUAAAGGAAUGGGUGCCACCUGAAGUUGAAAUUGAAGGCAACAAGGUACCUAGGGUACGCAUCGCACGUUCUAUGACUACCAUGGGGUAUGAAGGGACUAGAAAGAGACGCAGAACGGCUGUGACAGAUUAUUCUUGGUCCAGUGGAGAUAGAGUUGAUGUCUGGAUGCAAGAUUGCUGGCGUGAGGGAGUUGUCAUGGAGCCAAAUAAGAUUGAUUUAACUUCCAUAGCUGUUCAAUUUCCAGCGCUAGGAGAGACGUUAGUUGUUCGAUCAUGGCACAUCCGGCCAACUCUCGUCUGGAAGGAUAAAAAGUGGAUUGAAUGGUCCAGUUUGAAGGGAGGCUGUGCUUCUGAGAUCUCGUUACAGGGUGAAACACCAAAGGAAAAGCGGAUGAAACUUGCUAGUCCUGUGAAGGAUAAAGGGAAGGACAAGUCACCGAAAAUUGUUGAUCUUGUGGAGUCAGGAAGGCACGAAGAACUGGGAACACUUCCCUUAUCUGCACAAGAGAGUUCAUUUAAUGUUGGUAAAAGCACUAGGGAUGAGAACAAUCUUAGAAAGAUGCGGAGUGGGUUGCAGAAGGAAGGUGCAAGAGUGAUUUUUGGUGUUCCUAAACCUGGUAAGAAACAGAAAUUUAUGGAUGUGAGCAAGCAUUAUGUUGCGGAUGGAAGCAAGAAAAAUAAUACGGCAAAUGAUCCUAUCAAGUUUGCAAGGUAUUUGAAGCCACAAGCACCUGGAGCCCAUGGGUGGAAACUUAAUUCUAGAAAUGAUGCCAGGGAAACUCAAGUUGCUGAAACCAAAUCCAGACUCAAGUCUAGAAAGCCACCAGUUCCUUCGUUCAGAACAUUAACUCAAAAAGACAACAAUCCGAAAUCGACAACUCGUGAUUCUGAAAUGACAGAUAAAAGUGAUAGUGACGUUGAAAAGCAGAAGGAAUUUGUGUCAUCUUCCAACACAAAAGGCCCUGCUUUAGAUGUUCCAAAGAAAGAUUUCAGUUUCACAUCAAUUCCCAAAUCUGAGCAUUUGAAUAAAGGAAAACUAGUACCUGCUGAGGGAAAGACAGCCAAAGUAGAAGUGAAGGAGAAAUCAAUUCCUGAAGUUAUUGAGCCACGUAGAUCAAACCGUAGAAUCCAGCCGACGUCAAGGCUGUUGGAAGGGUUACAAAGUUCACUUACCAUCUCAAAGAUACCUUCUGUUUCACAUGCAAGUCAAAGAAGCCACAAUAAGGUCACUUCUAGAGGGAAUACCAGCAAUGAUGGGUGACAGGAUGGAGAUGAUCUUGGCAAGCAGCAGGCAGGUAGGUAGGUCAGGUAGAUAGGUGUGUAUAAUAAUUACUAUUAUUAUUUAAACAGAGGAAUGGGUAAUGUUUUAGAAGAAAUAUGAUAUUUUUAUUUCAUGCGACUUACAACACCACAAGUCUCUGCAAUCUUUUCCUCAUAACAUCUGUAUACUGUAGGUGAUGUUGGAUUAAGAUUGCAGGAAGACUGUUUAACCAUUUGAAAUCUUCACACUUUUUAGUUGCAUUGAUGUACCAACCAAGCUGCUAAUGAAUGAUGAUGGUGUUUUAAUCCCUA